CAAAACCUAAGUUCACUGCGUGACUCACUGUGUGGAAGAACGUGUACCAUAUCGAUUCUUAUCACACACGAAAGAAGACAGCAUGACAGUACCUACGUAAGAAAAUAUUUGUCAGGAGCGCUUGGCAUUUACGUGAUUGGAAGUAUCACAAAAGGAAACUUGCCUGUCAAGAAUAUGUUUAAGUCAAGUACAACGAUCGAAGUGAACAGAGAAAGCGACGUAUCACGUAAGACAACCAACUGCAAACCCUUAACAACGCCAGAAAAGCCCAAAGAAUCUUGUGCAACAACUAUUAUAGUAAACACGUCUCGAAGACCUUCUAUUCCCCAAUUCAAUGGAAGUAGUGGAGAUUUGGAGGAAAAUUCGCAACUGAAUUCGACUCAGAAAAAUACAGGAGAAAGCGUGGAGUAUCAGCCUAACGAAACUUGUGAUAAAUACUCGACAAUGAACACCACACUCACCACAUCAAGACGGAGAGUCUGGGCACCAGAACAAUCAACCGCCAUCACUAUGGAAACCAACAGAUUUCAACGUAAACCACGAGGUGAAGAACAUCGAGAAGAAAAUAAGGUGCCUUUACCUCACCUGCAGCUUAAAACAAUGAAACAAUACAUCGAUGUUGAUGCGAAUCAGAAUAAUGAAAAUCCAAAAACAGAGCAAGUAUUUCAAAAGCCAGUUAUACCAGAUGAAGGUUAUCAAUGGAAAGCUCAAAACAUUUUUAAUUCUAUAAAUCUUGUUUCAUCUGUACACCAAAACUCUGAACUCAAUAGACAAAAUCCCACAAGAAAUCUAGUAUCUCCUUCAGCUGAUCAAAAUGAACUACAAGUGAAUAAUAGGUUACCAACAGCCACCUUAUUUCAGAAAUCUCAAGAAGUGCAGGUUCCUAGAGAUGCAGUUUUGGUGGAUCAAAAAGUUACAGUUGAAGGAAACAAGAUGCACACUGAUAGCUAUUAUGCUCUUCCAACACGUGAAGUCAUCUUAAACAAGAAAACAAUUUUAGCUCCACCAAAGUAUAAAUUCAUUGGCCCUGUUGAAAAGGGAAUCCCAGUAGGAUUACGAACUAAUGUUAAAAAGGAACAUGCUAGUGAUUGGUACAAAUCUAUGUUUCGAUCACUGCACAAAUACAAUGAACCUAACAGUAAGUACAAAUAUCAAGUUUCCCAUGCUAGUGGUUACAUGUCUGAGCCUGAGCUGGAUAGAGAAGUUGAAGAAAUCAUGUGGCAUUCAUUUGUGAGGACCCCUCGGGGUGUGGAUUUGUCCUCAAAAUAUGAUCGUGCUCACCAAUCCAAGUACACCACCAUUGAUAAUCGACGUCGCCCAGCUAUGGAGAUCAACCAAGAAUCACGUUCACAUACCCUUCCACGGGGAAUCCAUCAAUCUAACCCUAAGCCAUCUCCUUCACCUAAAACCUCAUCAGAAGUGUACAAGAACCAGCCAAGAAAUAUAAGAGGGUACUCACCUGGGAAUGCAUUUUUGUCUGAGAAGGAAACUAACUUGCUUGCCAGCCAGUCUUUGUCUCCUCAGGACCAGCCUACACCACUUAACUUUUACAUAGAUGGCUAUGAAAGUGACUCUACAGUGGAAAGAAAAAUGGGAAGACGUUCUUCUUUAGAUUCCAGACAUCAAAGAAACAGACACAGAGAGCCUCAACAAGAGAUAUUUCUGAUGAACAGACACAGUGAACCUCAACAAGAGGUAUUUCUCAUGAACAGACACAAAGUUUCUCCGCACAAAUUUCAAAACGAUUCAGAGAGACAAUCUUACAAACUGGCCAAGACUUCUUUUGAAGAAAAUGAGUUGAAAAAGCAUCAGGAAAGGGAAAGGCACCCAAAAUAUGUAGCAGAGUUGGAGAUGAGAAAGCAUAAUGACAAUUUCACGUCAUCACAGAAGUCUCCAAUACCCUUAGAUAGAUAUGACAAUCUAUUUGAUGCUUCAUUUACUCCACCUUCUAAGACUUCUGAAACUCGUAGUAUGGCACGAGUACUAUAUAAUUUCACAGCUCAAAAACCAAGAGAACUUUCCUUAAACAAAGAUGAUAUUGUAUAUGUAAAUAAGAAAAUUGACAAGAACUGGUAUCUGGGUGAACAUCAUGGAGUGAUUGGAAUUUUUCCUAUAAAUUAUGUGGAGAUAAUCCAACCAGAAUAUGUGCACUUUCAACAACAGAAAACUAUUGAAGGAGAAGCAAAAGCAAAGUUCAACUUUAAUGCUCAAACCUCAGUUGAGCUUUCAGUAUUAAAGGGAGAAACUGUAGUUCUAACUGGAAAAGUGGAUCAGAACUGGUAUGAAGGAAGGAUUGGGAAUCAAAAAGGCAUAGUGCCAUCAGCAUUCUUGGAAGUAAUUUGUGAACCUCAGGAAAUGAGUUCAACCUCUCCUAGAUUCCCUACUUGCUUGCCAAUUAUAAAUGGUACUGUAAGUUCUCAUCAGAAUGCAAACUACCAAAAUCACACAGAUGUUUACCUUGAACCUAAGGUUCCACUCCUUGUAAAUAAGUCAUUUCAACCUCUACAACAAGGUACUAUGCAACCUGUAAUGGAAAGUCUACACAUUAACACUGUUAAUGAACCCACCCCAUUUCGAGCUUUGUAUAACUACACUCCACAACAUGAGGAUGAGCUACAGCUUAGUGAGGGAGACACAAUUUAUGUGAUGGAAAAGUGUGAUGAUGGAUGGUAUGUUGGUACAUCUCUAAAAACAAGUUUGUUUGGGACUUUCCCAGGGAACUACGUAGUACAAAUCUGAUGCUUCUUACAUCAGACACAGCAGAAGUCCACCUGACAUGCACCAAGAUGGCCAGAGAACAAGUUCAGCUUCCUAUCUUGUGAUCAAGAUCUUCGCAUUAUGGAAAAGUUAUAUUACAUAUAUAUUGAAGUACUUGGCUGAUACUAAUGAAUGAUAUUGCUAUAAUAAUAUAGUACUGAACUAGAUGAAGUGUUCUUAACAAGCAGCUACAUAUUGUUGCCAGAACUGUUAUUGCAUCAAUAAACAAAAAUCUACACAAAAAAAAA